AGCAGCAGGUUAGUGCUCAGUUUUGACUCAACUACCCUGGUGGCUAUACAGGUAUGGGGGGUACUUUGAUGGUAUAGAGACCCUGGAACCCCUCCUGUGUAACCAGUGCUUCUUGCAAAGCCUUUUGUAGGGGCUGCCCCAUGACUGGCACAACUUGGACUGGCUCAGGCAGCUUCACUUUUGGGGAAGAAGAGGAGUAAACUACCAAAAAUGAACAGACUGGCGUUUGAGGAGACCUCACUGGACCAGCUGGACCCCUCUCUGGGGUCCAGUGACAUCGACACAGCCCUGCUAAAUGACAUCGAUGAUAUGCUCCAGCUGAUUCACAGCCAGGAGAAUGAUUUUGCUGGGCUGUUCGAUCCACACUUUGGAAAUGUCAGCACCCCCAAUCAGACCGUCAGCUCUUCAGCCACUACUCUGGAGGGGCUACUGGCCGCGCCGCCCAAUGGGACCCCCAUGAAGAUGUUCCAGCAUUCUGGGUCCUCCUUCCAUGGGCAGCAAACCCCGGGUUCUCCUCAGGAUAGCAUCGGGCAGCAGUUAAAAUCCGCAGCUCCAAACUGCGUGAAGGAGGAACCCAUGCAGAUCUGCACGACUCCGCAGGUCCCGCAGCCACCGGCUACUCCGCAGAUGCAAGGAAUGGUGUUUGGGCAGACGCUAGGCACUCAGACACAGCCUCAUUUCAACACGCAGCCCUUGAUGGGAGCGUACCCGGAGCAGGGGGCAUACACAGCUGCGCAGAACAUUGCUUCGAUGCAGAACGUCGGUGGCCAACAGCUGCAGAGCAUUGUAACCCAACCACUGCAGAACAUCAGCGGGCAGCCACUUCAGGUGAUCACAACCCAGUCGAUCCAGAACGUGGCAAGCCAGCCCGUGCAGACCACCGUGGCUUCCCAUACACAGACGCCGCAGAGCAUCGCGGCGACGCCGGUACAGAAGCACUCGCCUCCGCAGAUCCAGCAGCCGUUCACCAUCCACACGCAGAGCAUCUCCCCCCAGCAGUUCCUGGCGACUACCGGUACGGCUGUGAGCCCACAAAUCCAGCAGGUUCCGGUGAUCCUGCAGCCUCACUUCAUCAAAGCAGACUCGUUGCUACUCACGGCCGUCAAGGCAGAUGGAGCGGUGGUGUCCGGCAUGAAAACAUCCGGGAUGACCUCGCUCACGACAAACACAACCGUGCAGACCGCGGCUCUUGUGAGUGGGGGCACGUUUCUCACCACCAUGCCCAUGAUGGUCGAUCCUGACAAACUACCCAUCAACCGCAUCACAGCCAGCGGCAAGACGGCCAUGCUGAACAGCAAGGGGGAGAAACGCACUGCCCACAACGCCAUCGAGAAGCGCUACCGCUCGUCCAUCAACGACAAGAUCAUAGAACUCAAAGACCUGGUGAUGGGCACCGAGGCGAAGUUGAACAAAUCUGCCAUCUUGAAGAAGGCCAUCGAUUAUAUCAGGUUCCUACAACAGAACAACGUGAAACUGAAGCAGGAGAACAUGCAGCUGAAAAUGGCCGCCCAGAAGAACAGCUCACUGAAGGACCUAGUGGCUGGAGGUGGCAUUGUCUUGGAGGGGAUGAACGUUGACACAAGCGGCGUGCCAACCCCACCACCCUCCGAUGUUGGGUCCCCGUCACACACAGGCAGCCCUCUGUCUCAGUGUAACAGCGACUCGGAGCCCGACAGCCCGUUCUGCGAGGAAGCCAAGGUCCAGGUGAAGCAGGAGAUUCCCUCUCCCCCCAGCUCCGGCAUGCUGGAUCGCUCCCGCAUGGCUCUCUGCGUGUUCGUCUUUCUUUGUCUCUCCUUCAACCCUCUGUCGUUUCUGAUGGGUGGCUCCAGCAGCCACGAUGCCCCGGAAAGUUCCGGCUUCCAUGGCAGUGGCAGGAGCAUGUUGGCAGCAGAGUCGUCUGAACCGUCCUCGUGGUCCAGCUGGUUGGCUCCCUCAACGUUCCUCUGGCCCAUUAAUCUCAUCAUCGUUCUCUGUGUCUUCAUCCGGCUUUUUGUUUAUGGCGAGCCGGUAACGCGUCUUCACUCUGAGUCUUCUGUCCUCUUCUGGCGUCACCGGAAACAAGCAGAUGUGGACCUUUCCCGGGGGGAUUUCGCUCAGGCAUCCUUGCACCUCUGGACGGCCUUGAAAGCUUUAGGGAGACCUCUCCCCACUUCCAACUUUGACCUGUGCUGCAGCCUGACGUGGAGCGUCAUCCGAUACGUGCUCCAGAGACUGUGGGUUGGCCGAUGGAUGGCACAACGGGCUGGGGGGUUCCGCAGGGACCUCCAGUUAAAGGAUGACGUUCGGAAAAGCUGUAGAGAAGCAGCGCUUGUUUACCACCGCCUGCACCAGCUGCACAUGACCGGAAAGCAUGUCGGAGGUCACCUGUCUGCUAUAAACAUGGCUCUGAGCGCCGUCAACCUGGCAGACUGCGCCGGAAAUACCAUCUCAGUGGCAACCUUGGCAGAGAUCUACGUCGGGGCUGCCUUGAGAGUAAAGGCCAGCCUCCACCGCCGAUUCCACUUCUUGGCGCGCUUCUUCUUAUGCAGCGCCCGCCAGGUGUGCCUGGCACAGAGUGUCACCAUCCCUCCUGCCAUGCAAUGGCUCUGCCACCCUCUGGGGCAUCGCUUUUUUGUGGAUGGGGACUGGAGCGUGAGAAGCUCCCCCCGCGACACCAUCUACAGCACGGCGGGCAGCACGGUGGAUCCGCUGGCUCAGGUGACGCAGGCGUUUCGGGAACACCUUCUGGAGAAAGCCCUCUACUGCGUGGCACAGCCAGAGCAGAGCAAACCCCUGGUGGAGGGAGAGGGGGAGUUUUCUGACGCUCUGGAAUAUCUCCAGCUGCUGAACGGAUGCUCGGAUGCCGCAGGCGUUCCCAAUCACACUUUCUCCAUCAGCUCCAGCAUGGCAGCCAUCACAGGAACGGACCCGGUGGCCAAGUGGUGGGCGUCCAUCAUCACAGUGGCCAUUAACUGGCUACAGGGAGAUGAUGAAGCUGCUCAAAGACUCUACCCAGUAGUGGAAUAUAUGCCGAAGGCUCUUCAUACAGCAGAGAAUCCAUUGCCAAAAGCGGCCCUCUAUGCAUUCAAAGCCGUGCGCACUCUUUUGGGAAAGCAGGAUAGCAGCCAAGUCAGCCUGGGCCAGUGUGAGAAGGCCAGCGGCCUCCUCCGGGACAGCCUCAACUCGAGUCCUUCCAGUAAUCCCACCGUAGAUAAGGCCGUGCAGCUUCUCAUAUGUGACAUCUUGCUGGUGACCAGAACAAACAUCUGGCAGCAACAGCAGGCUUCGCCGGGUCAGCAGCCGAACCCCACGCACCCGGCGCCGCCGCACGAGCUACGUGGCUUCCAGCUGGACCUGAGCAGCCUGCGCAGACUGGCGCAGUUAUUCCGCCCUGCCAUGCGUAGGGUUUUCCUGCAUGAAGCCACAGCUCGUCUGAUGGCCGGUGCCAGCCCCACAAGGACACAUCAGCUGCUGGAUAGGAGCCUGCGCAGGAGAGUGGCCCCUUCUAGUAAAGAAGCAGACCCCCGGGAGAUGAGCCCCAGUCCCCGCGAGCACGCCGAGGCUACGCUGCUGGCCUGCCGCUACCUGCCUCCAUCUUUCCUGUCCGCGCCGGGGCAGAGGGUGGGCAUGUUGGCCGAAGCCGCCCGCACCUUGGAGAAGCUGGGGGACAAACGCACGCUGCACGACUGCCAACAAUUUAUCCUGACGCUGAGCAGCGGGACCGCCGUGACCUCCAGCUAACUCACCUGGAGGUCAAAGCUUACCCAGGUGGCAACGAACGAGAACAAUUGACUUCCACGGACCACCCAAUCCCACCCGACACCAGCAAAGAAAGCAACCGAGUACCCCAAUGGUGUUUGAAGGCACAUUCUACCCCACGGCACCGGUCACAGAGGGAGAGCACAGCAGUCCUCUGUUUGACGUUGCUUUGU